AUGUCGCGCAUCCCUCUUCCCGUGCGUCAAGAGGAUACAUCUCCAACUCCCUUGCAAACUUCCACAAACCUACCACGAUCCACCUCGAUCUCCAACAUGAGCUCCACCAGCAGCUUCCGCGAAGCCACCGACACGCGCAAGCGUCAGUCCAAACGAGACGAGGCCAUCCGCAAGAAGAUCGAGGGCGAACUUCAGCGCAAGUCCGGAAAGCCUUCCACUCCAAUGUCGUCUCGUCGAACCAAGCGCACCGCUAGACCUCCCGCUGCUGCUGCCGGUACCGUAUCUGCACUUCGUCCGCUGCCUGCACUCACCGUGCCGCAGUCGAUCAGCGUCGCCGAUGCCAGUCAGCUGUGCGCGGCCAAGCGCACCGACUGCGUGCUCGUCGUCGAUGAUGAGGAGCACCUCGCAGGUAUCUUCACUGCAAAGGAUCUGGCCUUCCGCGUCGUCUCUGCUGGUCUGGACGCGCGAAACACGCCCGUAUCCGCCAUCAUGACCCGAUCGCCCAUGGUCACCCGCGACACCACCUCGGCCACCGAAGCACUCAACACCAUGGUCACGCGUGGCUUCCGUCAUCUUCCUGUCUGCAACGAGGACGGCGAUGUCGUCGGUCUGCUCGACAUUGCCAAGGUGUUCUACGAAGCUCUCGAGAAGCUCGAGCGUGCCCACGGUUCGUCGCAGAAACUGUACAAUGCGCUCGAAGGCGUCCAGAGCGAGUGGGGUGGUUCCGCCGGCCCUCAGCAGGCCAUGCUUCAGUACAUUGAGGCUCUGCGACAGAAGAUGAGCAUCCCCGAUCUCUCUUCCAUCCUCGACUCUCGAACGCUUCCCUGCUGUGUCGGUGUACGAACCACCGUCCGCGAGGCAGCGCGCCUCAUGAAGGAGCACCACACUACCGCCGUCUGCGUUAUGGAGUCUACCGGCUCUGGCCCUGGAAACGGACAGAUCGGAGGCGGAGGCGCCGUCACUGGCAAGAUUGCCGGUAUUUUCACCUCGAAGGAUGUCGUCUUGCGAGUCAUUGCCGCCGGUCUCGACCCCAAAACUUGCUCCGUGGUGCGUGUUAUGACGCCGCACCCGGACACGGCCCCUCCUUCGCUGACCAUCCAAGAGGCGCUCCGCAAGAUGCACGACGGCAGGUAUCUCAACUUGCCCGUUGUCGACGUUGACAGCCGCCUGGUUGGUGUGGUCGACGUGCUCAAGCUCACGUAUGCCACGCUCGAGCAGAUCAACAGCAUGAACGACGAACAGGCGGGCGGCGACGGCGGGGCCGGUGGACCCAUGUGGAACCGGUUCUGGAACUCGUUUGGCCAGUCCAACUCGAUCGCGGGCGAUGACGAGUCGAUCGUCUCCGGAAGCAUGCGUCAGUCCGAGAGCCAGUUUGAACCCCAAACGCCCAGCAAGCUCGGUGGCACCAUUGCCGACAUUUCGUCCGAUCUGCAUCCCAACGACUCGGCCAGCGCCGUGGGCCACCAGGUCAAUGGCGACGAUGGGGCGAGUGCCGUCGGUUUGCCGUCGUCAGCGGCGGUUGAGGCAGACGACGGCACCUACCUCUUCAAGUUUGUCACGCCCUCGGGGAGGACGCACCGGUUCCAGGCGCGCUACGACAGCUACGAGACCAUCCGCGAGAUUGUGUGCAUCAAGCUGGGCGGGGAUCCGUUCUUCGAGCCUGCUCCCGUGUCGGUCUCUACGCCCGCGUACGAGAUUGGCGAACCCAACGGCGAUGCCGCGCCACCAGCCCCCGCUGCUGCUGCCGAGGUGCCGGAUCCGAACGACUUCCAGCUGGCUUAUACCGACGAUGAGGACGACGUGGUGCUGAUUACCGCCGAUGGAGAUGUGCAGGAUGCGGUCAAGGUGGCGCGCAAGCAGGGGCGCGAUCGCGUCGUGCUGCUGUUGCAGGGCGGACGUGGGUGGGAGGAUGCUACGGCGCGUGCGGCGGCUGCGGCGUCGACGUCGGCGUCCGGGUUGGCGGCGCGCAAGCGUCAGCAGGCGCGCGAGAACGCCGACGCGCAGCUGCAGAGUGUCGCUGAGGAGGAGGAGAAGGAGGCAGGCGCUGACGACGACGACGACGACGAGCACAGUAGGCGUAGGUCGGCGGCUAAGAAGUCGUCCGCGAGAAAGGCCACGGCAGCAGAUGAAGAGCUGCUCUUCGGUGUGCUGCCCAAAGACCUUGCUCUGCCCGCCGCAAUCGGCUUCUUGGGUGUAGCCGUCCUGGCCGCCGUAGCUCUCACUAAGAGCGGCACGGCCAGCGCUCACUAG